AUGUUAGCUAGCCAAGGCGCAGGAACUAGAGCGGCCAGUGCACAUGCACAAACCCGAAACUGGAAGCUCCAGUUCUGUGGGCAGAUGACCUGGAAGACGGCUGGGAAAUGUUCUUCACCGAAGAAGGCCAGCGUUGGUUCUGGCAGGAGUCAUCGGGUCGGUACUUUUUCGAGGAAGCGGAUGAGAGCUGAGCUCUGCUGGGCUCAGCUGAGCGCCGACUCCGGUGCCCCUUCGACGGCUACGAGCGUUUCCCUUGCGGUAGCUCGUGCUUUGAUCACCAGCUUGCUGGUGUCGUUGAAAUUUCUCAGAGAGCCCAUGGCUGUGGUCACGUUGCGAGAGCUGAUCGAUCGCUGGGAGGCAGGAGACUCCCACGCUGCGGAAUUUAUGGAACGCCCCUGGACCCCAGGGCUCAGUGCAGCGGAAGAUGAAGAAGCUGCGGAUGCGAUGGCAGCAUCAUUAGUGCCAGACGUCCGUCGCGUCUGUCAUCUUUGCAGUGGCGGCGAUGCACGCAUGUGGUCUACCGUCCUUGCCUCCCUGGCUACACCACUCAUGCCUCCCGGGACAGCAAGACCCAGGUCGAUGGUGCCCUCGCUGCUCCAGCGCAUGCGCAUCCAGACGGCUUCGGAUGGAACGCCCCUGGCACAGGAGAUCGAUGAAGCUUGCGCCUCGACACUGCAGAGCUACUCGCUCUUCAUCGCUGGUGUCGUCCGCCUUGGCCGCUUGCCAGACUAUGCAAUGCCCUUCGAAUUGGCCAUCGCGGCCGCCCACGGUUGUACCGCUUUGGAGGCUGCAGGGGCCCAGGAGCCACCUGUCAAGGAGCUGCUUCGGGCUCUUGCCGAAUCGCCCGACAUCCCCGGCCAGCGCGAG